UUGCCUGCGUCACUGCGAGGGAGGCGUGCUUGGUAUACGGUUUCUGCCGGUAUGGCAGGAUUAAAGCGUCAGUAUGGAAGGCAGUAGCUGGUGUAUAUAAAGCCGAAACACACCUGCAUUCUGAGGGUAUCACCAAGAUUUGUCUGUAGUAUCACUGGAGAAUGGCAGCAUCUGACAGAAUAAUGCUGGGGCCGUUGGUGGGAGCUAUUGACCAGGGGACAAGCUCCACUCGGUUUUUGGUUUUUAAUGCAAAAACAGCAGAAUUAUUGAGUCACCAUCAAGUGGAGAUCAAACAGAAAUUUCCCAAAGAAGGAUGGGUGGAGCAGGACCCCAAGCAGAUUUUGCAGUCUGUCUACGAGUGCAUGGAAAGGACAUGUGAGAAACUCUCCCAGCUUGGUAUUGACAUAUCUAACAUCAAAGCAAUUGGAGUUAGCAAUCAAAGAGAAACAACAGUGGUGUGGGACAAGAUAACUGGAGAACCUCUCUAUAAUGCUAUUGUUUGGCUGGACCUGAGAACUCAAUCCACAGUAGAGCGGCUAAUAAACAGAACACCAGGGAAGAACAAGAACCACCUGAAACACAAGACCGGCCUCCCCAUCAGUACCUACUUCAGUGCUGUGAAGCUUCGAUGGCUCAUGGACAAUGUGGAUGAAGUCAGGAGUGCAGUUCACAGCGGUCGUGCUAUGUUUGGUACUAUUGACUCCUGGCUUAUUUGGAGCUUAACAGGUGCCAAGAAUGGUGGUGUUCACUGCACAGACGUGACCAAUGCAAGCCGGACGAUGCUGUUCAAUGUUCACACAUUAGACUGGGAUCCUGAACUUUGCCAAUUUUUUGACAUUCCAAUGGAAAUUCUUCCAAAAGUUAGAAGUUCCUCUGAAAUAUAUGGCCUAAUUAAAAUAUGUUCUAGUAUGAAAUCUGGUUCUCUCACUGGCGUUCCUAUUUCUGGGUGUUUGGGUGACCAGUCUGCAGCUUUAGUUGGCCAGAUGUGCUUUAAAGAUGGACAAGCAAAAAAUACGUCCUUGAGACCAAGUUUCAUGUUGAUUGCCAUGGGCUCUACUCUCCCAAGGGCAUAUAUAUCCUUCCAAUGUUACAGUGACCCCUUCUGCCCACAGUACACUAGGUAUGGAACUGGUUGCUUUUUGCUUUAUAAUACUGGCCAGAAGCCUGUGAUGUCCGAGCAUGGACUUCUGACAACUGUUGCAUACAAGCUCGGGAGAGACAAGCCUGCAUGUUAUGCAUUAGAGGGAUCUGUGGCUAUAGCAGGAGCUGUGGUAUGCUGGCUGAAAGACAAUCUGGGAAUUAUACAGUCCCCAGAAGAAGUUGAGAAACUAGCAGUUUCUGUGGGCACUUCUUAUGGCUGCUAUUUUGUCCCUGCAUUCUCUGGUCUAUAUGCACCAUAUUGGGAACCCAGUGCUAGAGGUAUCAUCUGUGGCCUUACUCAGUUUACUAAUAGAAGUCACAUUGCAUUCGCUGCUUUAGAGGCAGUCUGCUUUCAGACACGAGAGAUUUUGGAUGCUAUGAACAAGGACAGUGGGAUUCCUUUAAAGCAGCUUCAGGUAGAUGGAGGAAUGACAAACAAUAAGCUGCUGAUGCAGCUGCAGGCAGAUAUUCUCUGCAUCCCAGUAGUGAAGCCAUCCAUGCCAGAAACCACAGCCCUCGGUGCUGCUAUGGCAGCAGGAGCUGCUGAAGGGGUCCGGGUGUGGAGUCUGGAGCCUGAAGACCUCACCGCAGUGACCUGCGAGAGAUUUGAGCCACAGAUUAACCCAGAAGAGAGUGAAUUUCGAUACGCCCGGUGGAAGAAAGCUGUAGCAAAGUCUAUGAACUGGGAGACCACAGCGCCUUUAAAUGGCAACGGUGAAACUAGUAUCUUCAGUAGUCUGCCGCUGGGUUUUUAUAUACUGGGUAGCAUGUUUAUGUUAGUUGGAGCAAAGUACAUUUCAGGAUUAAAAAUAUAAGCCACAGUUUGCUUGUUUUGAAAGCUGCUCUCCAUAUGUCAAGGAUCCAGGUUUGCCUCUGCAUGUGAUGGAGCCUUCUGGGAAGAAACAAAACCCAUUCCAUGUUUACAGACCAUCACCAGCCCUCCUUAACACUUCCCCGCUGCCUUGUUGAAGUGUGUUUGGACUUUGCACCUGAUUUAUUGUGUCUUACUUUAUAUUGAUAUUUAAAAUACAUUAAUUGAUAAAUGAUUUUGGGACGGUGAUGGCAAAAAACUUUGUUUCCCCAUUUCAGAAAUUAGUAUUGGAGGCUUCUUUACUGUAAAUAUAGAAGCAUGAAAUUAAAGCUCUCCCGGAUCCUCAUUGAAUCUGAACUGUAGCUUGAAAAAACCAAUCAAUUCUGUAGGCAAAAGUAGCACUGGAAAGCCUACAGUACUUUAGUGAUGCGGUAUAGAAGAAAUAUUUGUUUAGACCAACACUGUGUAUUGCAUGAGUAUCACACUGCACUGCAUGUCAAAACUUGUAUACUGCACUUGUAAAUAUGCUUUUAAUAAGAUAUGUAUUUUUAGUUUUGUGUUUUUAAUUUGUAUAUAUUUAGAUUACAAUUAUUUUAAAAUGUGUGGUACAGUUUCAGUUGUGUGAAUUUUAAACUAGACAGAGGACUGGUACUAAACAUGAAGGAUGCUGCAUAUUGGUAGUGCUAAUUUAUUAUCAAAUCCAUAAAAAUAAAUUUAAAAAUCAGCCUUGACAUUUUUGAUCUUGUGUAUUAUGAUCUUGACAAAAAACCCAUGUAAUAAAAUAAUGUGAAAGGAAUCUUGAAUAUGCCAUCUACAAAAACAAUGAGCAUUAUACAGUUUGCAGGAAAUCUGCUGUAAAAUACUCUACUGUUGUUUUUUGACUGGUAAAAUGUGUAUUUCACUGUGCAUUUAAUUUAUAUUGUAUAUUUACAUUAAAUAAAUGGUGAUUUUAAAUAAAAAAAUUCCAUUAUU